AUGUCUAGUAGUGAUUUAUAUAUCUUAAACAUUCCAAAUUAUUCAUUGGGUUCAGUGUUUAGUCGUAGGAAUCGUCGUGGUGGAUCUUGUAUUCUGGUACAUAACUCACAAAAGUUUAUACCAAUCAGUAACAUAAAAAAAUAUUCGAUUGAAGGUGUAAUCGAAUGUUCAGGAAUACAAUUACCUGAACAUAAACUAUAUAUAUUCUGCAUUUACAGACCCCCCCAGGGUAAGCUCCGAAGACAUCAAUAA